CCGGGCGGCUGCCGGGAGCAUGUGCAGAUCGCACCCGCAUCCCCGCCGCGGGCGGGUGGCACCGCCGCGCCUCGCCUGCCGCCGCAAGGACACCCAUGGACCCCGGAAGGCUGUCUGGUUGGUGUAUUAGCUGUUGGCCGCACACACCUGGUCAGAAAUCGUCUGGCAUCUGAAACGGCUCGGACUUGCUGGAGGCAAUUUGGUCGACCUGCAGAUGCUGUGAAUCAGGAGCUGACCAAGAAGCGGAAGAGCUCCAGGAUUCCUCCCAGGAAAAGAGUGCCUGCUGGGGUGUGUGCAGAAGAAUGGCUGCAGCAGAACCUCUGACCGCUUUCUCCCGAUGGUACCUCUACGCCAUUCACGGCUAUUUCUGUGAGGUGAUGUUCACAGCUGCCUGGGAGUUUGUGGUCAACUUUAACUGGAAGUUUCCAGGUGUUACCAGUGUGUGGGCACUCUUCAUCUAUGGCACCUCCAUCCUCAUUGUGGAGAAGAUGUAUCUAUAUCUCAAAGACAAGUGCCACAUUUUAGUGCGCUGCUUCAUUUACACACUUUGGACAUACCUCUGGGAAUUCACUACUGGCCUCAUCCUGCGCCAGUUCAAUGCCUGCCCAUGGGACUAUUCCCAGUUUGAUUUUGACUUCAUGGGCCUGAUCACCCUGGAGUAUGCCAUCCCUUGGUUUUGUGCUUCUUUCAUUAUGGAGCAGCUGGUGAUCAGAAACACGCUGCGCUUACGAUUUGAUGAGACUGCUGAGCCGGGGGCUCCCACUGUCCCUGUGGCCUUGGCCAAUGGUCACGUGAAGACUGAUUGAGCAGUGGCUAAGAACCACGCUUAGCAAUCUGAGAGAGCCCAGACCUCCACCACUGACUAUCAGCUCUGGCUCUGAGGUACUGCUCCUUGCUGUAUGAUAAGGUUCAUAAACCCCAUUUUUCUAAUGGGGAUGUGCAUGGGAAAUAUCAGAAUAAAAUGGAACCAAUGGAUUUUCUAUGGAUUUUACUCUUUGGGCUCCAAGGACCAAUAUCAGUUACUUAUUAGUUAGGUCAUUUCUGAUUUUAACUUAUUACAGAUGAAAGCAGUCCUUUUGCUUACACUUCUAUGUGGAGAAAGAAGAAAAAGAAAUGCUACGGUGGAAAUACAUGCAAAAAGAAAAAAACCUAAUUAGCGGAUGGGCAUGGACACGCCAGCUAAGUUAGUGAUUGGCUUCCUCCAUUAGGCAAUAUUCAGGUGCUUGCUUGCAACCAAUACCUCCCGUGGGACCUGAGGUGCUGCAGGAACAAGGAAAAUCCAUCUGCUGUUGAGAAGAACCUUAGACUGGCCGUCUGCUGGGGAGGUAGAUUGUGUUACCCUUGUGAGGUCGUGUUGGCCUCUCCCCAGGUUCUUUAUUGCACCAUGAAAUAAUCUGGUGCUGGACAUCUUGCUGAAUUUAUACAGAUCUUGUACUUUUUGAAAUCUGUCCUGAUACUUAAUAGAAAUUUUUUUUCCUUCUUUCUUUCUUUUUUUUUUUUUUUAAAUAAAGGCCUUCUUUGCCAAAUUAAUUUUACCGUAAUCUGUGCAAUCUGAAUCUUGGCAAAAGGCGCAAGAAAUAGCUUAAGUCUUCCCGUCUCCUCUAUCCCCCUAAAGCAGACCUUGCCUGAGGAUCUGCUGCAGAUUCCAGCUCCUAUCUCUGUUGUGCAAACCUUGUAGAGACUGUACAGGCCACGAAGGUAUUAUGCUUUCCUUCCCAGGGAUUUUUCUGUUUCUGGUGAUGUUGAUCACUUAGUCUGGCUGCGACCCCGUUGUAUUUUGAAGGUCAAAACCUUCAUGUGGGUAAUGUGUUAUCCAAGAUUGAAUCCUCUGGCACCUUCAGCACUGGGUCAGGUCUGCCUAGUGUUCUCAGUAUAUCAAGAGGAUUUGCUUUUCUUCCCAAAUUCUCCUUUAAAAAAACACAACCAUAUUGUCAUGACAAGAAUUAGAGACAUAAAAAAAAAAAAAAAGAAAAAAAUUCCUCUCUACAGAGCACUUCAUGCUCUGCCUGAGUUGCCUGAGUGAGGAUGCGAGAGCAGCAGAAAAGAGAUGGAGCAGGAGGAAGUGCAUUGUAGAACUGCCUGUGCUAGAGACAGUUUGAAAUUUAACCUGUUAGGGGCAUUUGCGAAGUAAAGAGUGGUUGUAGUGCAGGGAAAAUGCUUGAUAGUGGCAGCCACAGGUUCAUAAUUUGCUCUGGCAAGUCUUGGCUUUUGAAGUUAGCUACAGCCAUGGAGCUUCCAGCUGUCAGAUGUAUUUCAGUCCUAACUGGUUUAAGGAGGAGCUUUGCUGUAGUUGCCCUCUAGUGCCAGAUUAAUUUUAAGUGUUUUAGGUCUAGGUGUUUUUCCACCAUAGUCAACAGAGCUGCACCAGAGAUCAUUUUGGCUUGAAAUGCAAAUGUGUGUGUGUGGUUGGUGGAUUCCAAUCUUGUUUUGGAAAUGGCCAAGCUAUUUCUGUGUGAGUUCCCUGUCUCUGGUAGGGAGUGCUCAUCUGUGAACCUGAUCCUUGCCCUGAGGCAUCCAUUCCUGAGGGGAAAAGCACUCCUGGCCCCGUGAGGAGUGUUAAUCCUUUUCACGCUGAGUGCAAUUAUUUCAUUACCCCCUCUUCCUUCUCACAUGGCAUCUGUUGCUGGCAGUGGACACAGGAAAAUGCUGACGGCAAGGAGUUAAUCAAAGUUGCCAUGGGAGAUGCAAUGUCUCCUAACGCACCCAGAAUACUUAGGUGGGUAUUUAGAGUUCCCUUUUUAUAGUUCAUUAAAUUAAAAGAACAAACACUGAACAGAUUUUUUUUUCCCAUGCUGUGAUGGCAGUAUUAUGAAAUCAGGAACAGUGCGUAGUUUAUCAGCUUUGAUGGCGUGUAGACCCAGGCAAAAUAGUCACCUGAGACUACAUGGGGGUGGGGGGGAAAAAAAGAGAUGAGAUUUCGAUAUGGCAUAAUGUAGAUGAGCUCUGCUGGGCCAGAACAAGAAUUGCAAGGUGCAGGUGAGAGUUGGGCUCUCCCCGUUUUGGCCCUGGUUCUGUCAGGGACAUUAAAUGCUGUGUCUGAAGCUGAGUUGUCCUCUCAAAGCAUAGCUAAAGCAUGGUGUCGUGCUGCCUCCUACACCACCCCACUGCAUCAUCUGAAACCUCUGCUUCAGAGAAAAAUCCUUAGGAUCCUUGCUUUCUCCUUUGCUGUUACAAAACUAUAAAAAGAUUAAAAGUCAUUAACAAUGUGGUUUGGUAACUUCUAGCUGCAGCUGGGACUGGGGGAAAGAGUGGCUGUUUACAGAGCUAACCUACAGUGCACAAUCAGAGUCACGUGUCUUGACCUUUAGAAGCUUCCCACUAAGUGAUGUUGGUUUUGCUCAGUGAUGUCAUAUUUGGAUGCUCAAGCUAUAGAGGGGUUUCCCAGCAGUAUCUAAGCAUCUAAUUCCAUUAUCCUUAUUGCCUGUGUUAUUGUAACGGCUAUUGUCUGCUUUCCAGUGAUGUCUGAUGUGUACCACACAGCUAUUGCAUCCUCAUAGAGUGGUAAUUUACACCCAGAAGUGCACUUUACUUGCAGCUUGCACACCAGAAACAGAAAGAGACCUGGCAAAUUCCUAAAUCGAUUAAAGUAAUUAUACGUAAUACCAUGUACCUAAUGCAGCAGUAUUAGCCAGACUUCUGCUUUCUGAGCAACAUGGCUACAGUCAGAGCUUCGUCUUUUCUGCAAAAUCUCCCUUUUUAAUACAUGUGAUGCUUCUUAUAACAUCUUACAGAAGUGCCCAGAGCACACUACCGGGAUCUCAGUGGCAGCUCAGCAGGAACUCGGGAGCUGGACUGAAGCUGUAAGAGACAUUUACAUUAAGAAGAAAAAAAAAACGCACAAGGCCUAACGUUUGUUUGUACAUGUAUCUUCCUCAGUAGAUUAAAGUUGCCUGUUUUGAGUUCACCAGCAAUAAAAAAAAACCUCUUGUGAUUUAUCUCCUUUGUCCUAACUGCAGCAAGGACAGAAUGGCCCAUUGCUGCUUUCCUUUUCCAGGGGAUGGUGGGUGGUGGGAUAUGGACCCCAACUACCCCAAAGUUCCAGUUUUGCCUCCCUUCUCUUGCAUAUCUCUUGUAUGGCCCACCCUAAAGGAUCGCAAAGUACAGGAUAAAAUACAGAGUCUGGUGCCUUGUGCAUAAGAGACAGUUCAUGUGUGACCUCUGUUCGUACUCCAGAGAUCUUGCCAGAGGGAAAUGGUUGAUUUACCAGGCUGCCUUUUGGUCUUUGUUGUUGUAACUGAGAGAAAUGUGUACAUGUGUACCAGGUACUAAUGUGCCUUUGGUCUGAGUGCAUUUUGUAAUCAAAGCAGAAUAACACAGUCAAGAUUUUGCUUGAUUAGUCUUGUGACUAUAAAAGGUAAAAACAGACUGUAGAGCUCUAACUGCUAUGAGAAUUAGGAAGCGGGUGACUGAAUUCUUCCUGAGAUUAGUAGCACUGCUCUGCUGCUGACCGGUUUUCUGAAACCUGCACAGAGAGAAAGGGGACUUCUUUGUUCAUGGGAACUUCUUCCCUUUCUAUACUAUGAAUAAAACAUCAGCCACCACUAAGAUGUGAACUGAAACCAAACGUUUUUCUAUUUUUGUUUAUCCUGAGCCCUGGGUAUUUGCUACGUGCCCUGUAUUCAAGGGGGAGGAUCGCAGACUUGAGUUCUUUACUUCAGUUCUGCCUGCAAACAGCAGCUGAAACAUCUGAGAAG